GCUAUGCGGGGAGGAGCUUCGAUUCCAUGGCGCCCUGAUUCUCCAUUCCACGAGGUAGGCCUCGCGUAGGGUUGCGCCGAAAGCUCCGGCGAGCUCCGGCGAGCUCCGGCAACCGCAAUGAAGAAUGCGGGCGAGCUCUCGGGCUGCUUGGAUCACGGCGACGGUGAUGGAGCCGCGGAAGAACGAAAUGGCCAGGGCUGCGAGGAGGUGCCGAUGGAAGCAGCCGAAGUUCAGCUAAUUGACGGGAAUGGUCCGGCUCAAGAAGAGCUUGUGAUUAUCGCCAGUGGGGCUGCUGCGAGCGAGCAAACGCUGGAAGCUAGGGGAGAAGAAGACGAAGACGAAGACGAAGAAGGGAAAAAGGAAGACGAAGAGCCUCGCGGAGAGGAGCCGAGCGGGAAAAAUUUGAGGGAGGGGUUUUACGAGGUGGAAGCGAUACGUAAGAGGAGGAUAAGAAAGGGAAAGCCACAGUAUCUCAUAAAAUGGCGAGGCUGGCCUGAAAGCGUCAAUACCUGGGAGCCAUUCGAGCACCUAGAGCAGUGCCAGGACAUUGUAGAAGAUUUUGAGAGGAGGAAAACGAAUGGUGGAAAGCGGAAGAGAGGUGGUUCCAAUGCUUCAGCUCGGAAGAAGAAGCUUGCGAGUUUCUCGGCGAGCGAGGCAAGUCAGUCGGCCGUUUCUUCCUCGAUAGACGGUAGCCUGAGGUCGGACAACGAUGUUGCUGCGAAUGUAACCAAUGGUACGGGCUCACCAGCGGCAGAGGCGGCCGAAACUCUUCUCAAUUUUCCCGGUGGCGACCCCGAAAGCUUCGGUGACGAUCCCGAGAACUUCUCUCCCAGUGGCAACGAAGUUGACGACGAGACGAUGAUGCUGGCCGCGACAACGGAAGUCGGAGACUCAAACAAACUUAACUCGGAGGAAGACAAAAGCAAGCAGCCUGGCGACUCCAUUUCUACGCCGGUUGACAAACAAGUCGUCGAGGCCGGGCUUAACGACAACCAUGAGAAGGUGAUGGUGGCAAGCUCGGUGAUCUGCGACGAAAGCGUGCUGGCGAGCGGCUCUCCGGAAGUUACUGUCGAGAAGCACGUUAUCAAUGAGCCAGAUGUGGCUGAGGUGCCGGAAGACACGAUCAACACGGGUAGAAGCACCCGGUGCACGGGAGCUAAGAAGAGAAAGGCAGGGACUGUCCGUCGAGUGAAGCUGUCCGAAACGAAGGACACGAAGGCACCGCUGCCUGAGAAAGACUCCGAGAACGCUCAUCUCUACGAGGAAGUGAAGAAGACGCCCGACGGCGGUUUCACCAUACGAGCCGCGGCAAUGUCAGGAACAAUGGCGGAGAAAAUGCAACUCCAGGAGUAUCGGUCGUCGUUUCCAGGCUCGGACAUCACCAAGAGGGCGUUCUCCUCCCCGGAGCGGGUCCAGAAGCUUUCAUCGUCCAAAUCAGCGAACUUUGUCCCGGUCGUCAAGAUUUUAAAGCCGCUCAGCUACUCAAGCUCCAUCAAGAACGACAAGCAAGAAGUUUUGGUCCUCUUCAGCACGCUAAGGUCGGAUGGCAAAGAGAUGGUGGUGGAUAACAAGUUUUUGAGGCAGCAUUUCCCACUUUUGUUGAUCGAUUUCUACGAGCAGCACCUUCGCUACACAAUCAAGUAGAGGGUCUCCUUUUCUAGAACCAAGAAGAAAAACGCAUUUUGUCUGCUCCAGGGUGAGCUUUGCUCGGUUUCCAAUUGUACUAACUUAUCGAAUGUAUAGUCCUUUUUUCCCCCUCU